UUUUUGACUUAAAUAGUUUACUAUUAACAAGCUUUUGUCUCAUUUUCAUUCAAAAUUAGAAAUGGUAUAUAAUAUUGAGCACCAUAUAUAUAAUCAGUCAUAAAAUAAUUAGCUUUAUCAUUUUAGGAGGAGGAGGUUGGAUACAGUAACAAAAAAUAAACUAUUAUACAACAACUAACUUCAUUCAUAAAAUUACAUUACGUUACUUAAAUAAAGUAGUAUUUAAAAACUUCGACAUAAAGUUGUGUUUAUUUUCCUCUGUCGUUGUUGCCUGUUGCUGAGGUGAAAUGCAUUCUGGGAUAUUUGGCCCUCACAAGAACAGACGAGCCUGCUCCGAUGCAUGCCCGGUAAAAUGGGCGGGGCGAGUCACAUCCGGGUAUUAUGACCGUUCUCGGCCAGAUGCGGACUUUAGAAUUGGAACAGUACUCGGGCUGCGACUGAUGACGUUUCACGAGUCCACGAGAGCAAAAGUCCACACAAGAACGCAUAUUGAGAAAGGGGCCGUUUCUCAAUACCUAAGACGGCGUGAACGGACUCGCGUUCCCGCGAGAAUAGACUCGGGAGACAGACUCGGGAGUCCUGACUCACGGGUACGGGAGAACGGAGAACGGACAUUUCCGCAAUUGGAACAGCAGCUGACUUGAUGACGUCAUCUCAGUAGGCGGUCUUUGUUUACGCACGCAAGUGGAAAUGUAUAAAAAGCCAGCAGCGUGUUAACGGUUGUGGAAGGUGUUUUUUGAAAUUGCAAAAGUAUUCUGAUUGAGUAGCUGAUAACAAAGAGCACAAUAAAAACAUAUUGGUAUUAUUAUAUUUAAUAAUUAAUUAAUUUGAGUAAACUACAUGGAUGCGAUACAUAUUGCUGUUGCGGUCGGCAAACUGUAUAUAGAAGCUGAAGAGGAGGCUGCCCAACUCAGGAGAAACAUACGCAAGCGAAAAUCCAAGAUGAGGCAAAGGAUGGCGAGGAGACGUGCCAUAAUAGCAUGUCUCGCUUUCUUUUGUUGCUACAGGGCAUCUGUGAUGCAAACGGCAGGUUUUUAGAUGUCUACAUUGGGGAGACAGGCUCUGUGCAUGACGCACUGAUGCUGCGCAGGUCCCCGAUGUAUCAGGAGGCCCUCUAUCCACCACCGGGGUACUUCCUGCUGGGAGAUGGAGGCUACCCUUGUCUGCAGCAUCCUGUCGCCAUCAUGACCCCGUACCGCCAGCCUCUAGCAAGCCAUGUCGAAGCCAGAUACAACAGGUACCAUGCCAGAGGACGGAAUGUCAUAGAACGUACCUUUGGGAUCCUGAAGACACGCUGGCGUAGCAUCUUCUUGAGGGCUCUGGAGAUCCGGCCUCAGUUUGCCCCGAAAGUGGUUGGUGCUUGCUGCAUCCUGCACAACAUUUGUAUCGCAGAAGGGGACAUCCUAGAGGAGGUGGAGGACGACGACGACGUCCAUGGAAACAAAGAAUGUGUGGACAGGGACCUGUCGGGGAACGGGGUCAGAGGAAGGCUCUCCGCCCAGCUUUCUGCUCCGGAGGAACUGGCUGAUUGCCUUCGUGAACAUGACUAUAUCUCAGUUGAUGUGUAUAUAUGUUUUUGUUCUGUGUGACUGAUGUACGUUAUGACCCUCUUAUCAUUUGUUUUUGUCACAAUAAAGAACUCUAUACCCUGUGUUGAA